UUUGCGGCGGGGCCAAUUUCUCCAUUUACAAACUCUGCUCGAGGAAUAUUUUUUUAAAGGAUUCGCGUUUCUUUCGCAUCUUUGCCACAUUUUUGCAAGCUCUCACACGUCCCUCUGCGGUCACUUCGGUUUCGGGCUGGUUCCUCGGCUUCGGUUGGAGAAGGAGGUGUCGGCGUUUGACUUAAAUUUUUGGGAAGAAGCUUGCGGUCUUUGUUCAUUCAUUUGAUCGGUUGGGUUCCUUUGUUGCACCAAAAAAGCAUGGGAGCACAAAUCUCCAAAACCCCUGGAAAAGAGGAAGGUGCCGUGGAAAAGCCUGCAGAAGGUGCGGCUGUUGCAGCAAAGACAAACGGGCAGGAAAAUGGCCAUGCCAAGACCAAUGGGGAUGCCUCUCCAGCUGCAGAGGAGGCCAACAAAGCUGAUGUUCAGGCCAAUGGCAGCACUCCUACAGAGGAGGCUCCAAAAGAAGGGGAGAAAGUAGAGGGCGCAGAGGCAAACGGCGAGAAGGAGCCCGCCGCCACAAAUGGAGAGGCUUCUGCCAAGCCGGAGGAAGGCACUCCAUCCACCAGCGAGGAUGGCAAGCAGAAAAAAAAACGUUUCUCCUUCAAGAAACCCUCCUUCAAGCUCACCGGCUUCUCUUUUAAGAAGACCAAGAAGGAGUCCGAGGAGGCAGCAGAGGAGGGAGCGACAGCAGAAGAACCAUCCGACGGAGAGAAGGCGGCAUCAGAGGAAGCUCCUGCAGAGGAGGCCAAACCAGCUGAGGCCAGUGAGGAAGGAGCCAAGGAGGCUGCAGCUGAGGAGCCAAAGGCUGAGAAGGAGGAGGUGGUGAAGGUGGCAGAAGGAGAAGCAGCAGCAGCAGGAGGAGUAGAAGAGGAGAAAACAGCUGAAGCUUCACCUACUGAACCAGAGACGGCAGCCAGUCCAGAGGCCACAGCCACAGCUGAGUAAUCCUGCUGAACGAGACACAAGAAUGAAGGAGGCGAUGAGCCUGUGUGAAGGAAUGCGAGGACUUGUCUAAAACCAGGGAUUUUUGUGUUCAUUUUUUUUGUUGGUGUUUGUUUACUAUUCUGCAACUAUCUCAUCCAUAAUGACUGCAACGUCCUUGGCAGUGAUGGACAGGAGGUGGGCUGCUUCCUCACUGCUCAUUGGUGCUUGCAUUUGUGACGUGGGUGAGUGUGAAAGUGCGAAUGUGUGUGAAUGUGUUUUCUUGUGUUUUUUUUUUUUUUUUUUCUUCUACAUGAAACCAUGACUGUGUUGACAUGUUGCUGAAUUUGACAUUUUAUCAAAGUAUUUGGUGCUGGGCAAUUGGAUGUAGCAGCUAAAGCUGUGUCUGCAAGAUCUGACACAUUGUGAUAUUUAAAGGGAAAGUCCUGAACCAAGUCUUAAAUGUUGUCUUUGCAGUGCACAGUUGUUUACAACUCUUAAAGCUCAACGCUCCUGUGGACACAACCAUUCCUUAAUGAAGUAGAUUUAGUUAACUGUCAGAACAAUAGGUGCUCAUCACUUCCCAUUUAGAUUCCAGCAUUUCAAAACUCUGUAGUAAUGCACGUUGUAUAGACUUUGAUAUUACUGGUUUUAUGACUGAGAUGUACCUAAAAAUGACUGAAGUUUUUAAAUAACCCAUUGUAAAUGAAGUUUUCUUGUUUUUCACCAUUUGUAAGAUUGAAUAAAAUUGGGAGAUGUUUUAAGCAAAUUU